UGAUGUCAGGCGGGCCUUAGUGUACCUUUGGUCUCUUGUCAACAGAGCCGCAGCAUGUGAGGCUGGAGACAGGCUGGAACUACUUUGCAUUUCUCUUUGGGAACCCAUUUGGACUAUAAACUACAAGGAUUGCUUUUAACAGCUACAGGGAGACAAUGUCGCCUUAAAAUAGGCAACAUAAACCCUCAGCUGUUUUAAUAUAUUAAAAGCUUUUCACCAAAUCAUGUAUGUUGGAUACCUACUGGAUAAAGAAAGCGGCAUGUAUCACCAAGGGCCUGUAAGAAGAUCAAGCAUCAAUCUGCCUCCACAGAAUUUUGUUUCAACACCACAGUACCCCGACUUUACUGGAUACCAUCAUGUGCCAAACAUGGAUACCCACGCACAGUCUACGGGGAGCUGGGGGCCUUCAUAUGGCACCCCACGAGAGGACUGGGGUGCUUAUAGUUUGGGACCCCCUAAUACUAUUCCUACGCCCAUGAACAACUCAUCUCCUGGACAGGUUCCUUACUGUUCAAAUGAGUACGCACAUAUGCAUCCUCCGGGAUCUGCGGUAUUACAACCGCCACCGGAAAACAUUAAUGCUGCACAACUUUCUCCUGGCAGGGAAAGGCGUAAUUCAUACCAGUGGAUGAGUAAAACUGCGCAAUCAUCUUCUACAGGUAAGACAAGGACGAAGGAGAAGUACAGGGUAGUGUACACUGACCAUCAGAGAUUGGAGCUGGAGAAGGAAUUUCAUUUCAACAGAUACAUCACCAUCAGGAGGAAAUCUGAACUGGCUGUCAACCUCGGUCUAUCGGAAAGACAGGUGAAAAUAUGGUUUCAGAACCGCAGAGCUAAAGAGAGAAAGCUGAUCAAGAAGAAGUUGGGCCAGUCUGACGGCAGCAGCGGGUCUGUGCACAGUGACCCGGGUUCAGUGAGCCCUCUGCCGGUUCCGGGGUCUCUCAGUCCCACAGAUAUCCACGGCUCUAUGUACCCUCCUCAAGGAAUGAACACCUUGCCUUCUAUCAGGAAUAUACAGCAUGUGACUGUGACUCAGUAGAGCAGCUCGCCCUGUGGACGAUCUCACAUAAGUGAGCACUCCAUCCCGCUGACAGGACACUUGACAGGAAGCCAGAGGAUCUGAAUCCACGUCCUGAAGCACAAAGUUGCGGAUCAACAGCUGAUUUAAAGCAAGAAAACGCUGGAGGCUCUUCAAAUAUAAGUUUUUAUAGAAUAGUUUUAACAAAAAGGGGAGAAAAUCGACGUAUUUUUAAAGUGUUUUAAACCGUUUGUGAGUUGAUAAGAUAUAAAUAGCCUAUUUGACGAAGUGCAUGUGUUUGUGAAUAAAAUGAGAAAUCAGGGACAUGUCAUUGAAGUUUUACACUGGACCUCACGAAGCUCAAUCUCACUGGACAAAUCGUGAAUCACUCAAGUAGAAGGUACGG